ACAUUACUCUUUAGAUCUCCCUUGAAGAGGGCUGGUAUAUUUGUGUCUGCUGGAGGUGGAAUUAACACUAAGAAGGAAAAAGAGAGUGAAGGGACUUACAGGAAGGUUUGCAAGUAAAUUCAGGAAAACACAUUGACUUGAAUAGUACAACCUUGAGUCUUGUCUUACACUAAGACGACACAAACGAUGUUAAAGUUAUCACCAAGCUGCCGGACAAAUAUAUAUUCCAACACCAAGGUGCAGAUCAGCAUAGAUCUGUGAUUCAGAAAUCAGGAUUUAUCUUGGAAAGAGCUCAAGGGUUGAGAAGAACUCAAGAGCAAGUGAAGAUCACUGUGGGAACUACAGUUUAUUAGAAGAUCAACUUUCGUUCAUUCCAAUACCAAAGGCCUGAUUAUCAUAUAUUGAUAUAGGAAUGCAUAGGUCAUCUGAUCAAAUAAUAUUAGCCGCCUUCUGCUCCAUCCAUGCAGCAAAAGCUCUUAACAACUGUGGAUAAUUGGAAAUUCGAGUUUCAGCUUUCUUAGAAAUAACUGCUCUUGACAUAUUUCAAAAUACUGAAAAUAGAGCAGGAAAAUCAGUGAGGACGUGUGUUCAGAAAUGUCACUCUCACUUCAGAAAUGAAGAAUAGGUAAAUUUGUUUUUCAGCUACUGGGAAAAUAUACCUCCUAAGAACUUAGAUUUUUUUUUUUUUUUUCCUUUCUGGUAAGAGGACAAGAAGGACUAAAAAUAUCAACUUUUGCUUUUGGACAAAAAUGCAUCUGACUGUAUUUUUACUUAGGGGUAUUGUGGGUUUCCUCUGGAGCUGCUGGGUUCUAGUGGGUUCUGCAAAAGGAAGUUUGGGAGACAAUCAUGUCCACUCCAGUUUUAUUUAUAGAAGACUACGGAACCACGAAAGACGGGAAAUACAGAGGGAAAUUCUCUCUAUCUUGGGUUUGCCUCACAGACCCAGACCAUUUUCACCUGGAAAGCAAGCUUCCUCUGCACCUCUCUUUAUGCUGGACCUGUACAACGCCAUGGCCAGUGAGGAGAACCCCGAGGAGCUGGAGUACUCCGUGAGGGCGCCCCUGGCUGCAGACUCCCGGGGAGCCAGGAAGGGCUCCCCAGCCUCUCCCAAUGGGUACCCUCGCCGCAUCCAGUUGUCUCGAGCGUCUCCCCUGACCACCCAGAGUCCUCCGCUAGCCAGUCUACAUGAUGCCAACUUUCUGAAUGAUGCUGACAUGGUCAUGAGCUUUGUCAAUUUAGUUGAAAGAGACAAAGAUUUUUCGCACCAGCGAAGGCAUUACAAAGAAUUCCGGUUCGAUCUUACGCAGAUUCCUCAAGGAGAAGCAGUGACGGCUGCAGAAUUCCGGAUAUACAAGGAUAGGAGCAACGGCCGGUUUGAAAAUGAAACGAUUAAGAUUAGCAUAUAUCAGAUCAUCAAGGAAUACGCAAAUAGGGAUGCAGAUCUAUUCUUGUUAGACACAAGGAAGACCCAAGCUCUCGAUGUGGGUUGGCUUGUCUUUGAUAUCACUGUGACCAGCAAUCAUUGGGUGAUUAAUCCACAGAACAAUUUGGGCUUACAACUUUGUGCAGAAACAGGAGAUGGUCACAGCAUCAACGUAAAGUCGGCCGGCCUCGUGGGACGACAUGGGCCUCAGUCAAAACAGCCGUUCAUGGUGGCCUUCUUCAAGGCGAGCGAGGUACUUCUCCGAUCUGUGAGAGCAGCCAACAAGAGAAAAAAUCAAAACCGCAAUAAAUCCGGCUCUCAUCAGGACUCCUCCAGAGUGUCCAGUGUUGGAGAUUAUAACACCAGUGAACAAAAACAAGCCUGUAAAAAGCAUGAACUCUAUGUGAGUUUCCGGGAUCUGGGAUGGCAGGACUGGAUUAUAGCGCCAGAAGGAUAUGCUGCAUUUUAUUGUGAUGGAGAAUGUUCUUUUCCACUCAAUGCCCAUAUGAAUGCCACCAAUCAUGCCAUAGUUCAGACUCUGGUUCACCUGAUGUUUCCUGACCACGUACCAAAGCCUUGCUGCGCGCCAACCAAACUAAAUGCCAUCUCUGUGUUGUACUUUGAUGAUAGCUCCAAUGUCAUUUUGAAAAAGUACAGGAAUAUGGUCGUGCGCUCGUGUGGCUGCCACUAAUAAUGCCUAAUAAUGGGAAUAAGAAAAAGAUCUGUAUGGAGGUUUAUGACUACAAUAAAAAAUAUCCUUUCAGAUAAAA